UCGUAUUCUUAUUACACACGGUGCACUUAUUUUGGCUAGGAGUUUCAUUAGAAGAGUUUAUUUGAGACACCAUCUGAUCCCCUCAAGCCACGACGGCACCAUCUGCACUCAUGUGAAGUGAGCUUGCUUGCAGGAGUGAAAGUAGUGAAGUGAAAGCUUCAUCUUUUACUCCGUUUCCGUUUUUCAAUAAACCCAACAAUAAAAGUUUUCAUUUUGUUAAACAAAAUUUGUUUAAAUAAAUUUUUAAGCAUCACGAGGUCCAAUUAUACAAGGGAUUAGUUUAAAACAGAAAACAAAUAAAAAAUGGAAUCUACUUUGGAUGCCAAAAAUGUCAAAAUAUCAUCGACCAGUGGUAGUAGCACAAGUAGUGUAUCCCACAUCACUUAUCCAGCUAUGGCGUCCCAACUUACUGGCCAAUCAAAGGAAAUUGACGAAAUGCACAUUAUGGAAGAAAAGAGGCUUUGGUUAGGAAAUUUGGAUCCGAAACUAACCGAGUUUAACCUACUAAAACUGGUACAAAAAUAUGGACCGAUUGAACAAUUUGACUUCCUCUUUCACCGGUCUGGACCCCACAUAGGACUUCCGAGAGGUUACGCAUUCGUCGAGUAUGAACAUCGGGAAUGUGCUGAAAAAUGCAUAGCCUCACUAAAUGGAAAAAGGGUGAUUGAUCGUCACAUAGCGAUUAGAUGGGCACACCAAGCCGUUAAAGACUAUCCCGACGAACAAACAAAACUCAAGUCAAAGCUACCAGCACUAGGUGUCAAAGAGUCUGAAUCCGCCGGACCCAAAUUAAGUACGGAUAAAGCCAUCAAUGCAAUUGAAGCAAAAUUACUAGCGAUGGACAGAGAAAAAGGUCAACUGAAUUUCUCUAUUGCGUCCGGUGGAAAGGCGAGUGCCGGGAGCAGUAAUUUUGCAAACCUGGGGAGUCGGAAUCCGGGACACAAAUUUUUUAACCAGAUUCAGACAACAACUCAUCAGCCUAAUCGUUACAACUCGAAACCGAUGGACCGCGACCGCAACAAUAAGAAACCAUAUUCUAGAUAAACGUUUCUCAAUACACGUCCCAGCUCAGACUGACAAAGAUGAUCUCAUUUGUGAAUUGUAAAUGCUAUUAUUACUUUCACCAUUAUUCUCGUUAAUAUUACUAUUAUUAACACGCUUAUUGUUUGAAAAAAAAUAGACUAACUGAAUUUUAGAAUAUUAAUUCCCAAUUUUAUUGUAGAAAUUAAGAGUUUUCAGAUUCCUUGAACCUGUAAUGAUAUAAUGACAAGCAAAAUUUUAUUAAAGAGUUUCUUCUUAAUCAUUAA